CACCGGCAAACUUUAUUACAUUUCAACUUUAUUUAGCGGGGCACUGUUAAAGUAUACCAAGUAGCCAGCUCGCAGGACUGCCAACAGAACAAAAAAAAACAGCUGGCCUAUCUUCUCAUUCAAACCCGAUUACCCUAUUACCCAAUUUCAAUCAAUAACCUAGAAUCUCAAUCUCUCGCCAACAUGAAGCUCCCUCUCGCCCUCACUUUGCUUAGCAUUUUCGCCGCUGCGUCUGCUGCAACUCCCAAGAAGACAUGCAACAACAAAUCUGGUAAGGCACAACUGUCCCCAUGUGUCUCCGUCAUAGCCCCAACGACUAAUGCAAAAUAUAGAAGCUUGCGAAAAUCCUGGGGAUCUCCCAUGCUGUGGAAAUAUGAAGUGCAUUAGGCCUAUCGCGGUUGGUGUUACUAACAGCGCAAACGGCAAGCAAUGCCAUUAAAACAUACCAAUGAUAGAUCGCAAAGGGAAACGGGGCAUAUUCAAAAGGAAACUCUUGACAGUACUAGAUGCUGGUAUAACACAAUGGACACGAGGACACGACAUGGUUGAAUGAUGUGGAUAUGGGGCUUGUAAUUUCAUCAGAGG